ACAUUCUCAUCUUUACUUUCUCAUUUAAUUAGCCAAUUCUCUCUCUCUCUCCCCAUCUCCAUUGAAAAUCCAACACAGCUUCCAUUUCCUCUUCCUUUAACUGCCUUUUUAGUUUUCUUUCCUUUUUUCCCCAUACCUCGUAGCCAACCCAAACUCGCCGGUUUUUGCCUAACUAAAUCCUUCUCUGGUCUCCGGUUUGUUAACCGCAAGGUCUGAGUUUCUGUGAACAAACUAUUUAUAGUUGGAAGUUUGUUAUCUUAAUGAGUUAUGGUGUCAAGAUCGUGUCUGAAUAUUUUGGAUUUGGCCUCUGGGAAUCUGUUGGAAAUUCCUCAUACUCCAAGAUCUAUUCCUAGAGUGAUGACUGUCCCUGGGAUUAUCUCUGAUUUGGAUGGUUAUGGCAGUAAUGAUGGGGACUCAGAGAAUGCUUCAUCGAUUUGUCGUGAGCGGAUAAUUAUUGUGGCAAACAUGUUGCCUUUACAUGCUAAAAAGGAUCCAGAAACUGCCAAGUGGUUCUUCAGUUGGGAUGAAGAUUCACUUUAUUUGCAACUAAAGGAUGGUUUGUCCCCUGAAACUGAGGUUAUUUAUGUUGGGUCUCUAAAGGCUGAUAUAAAGGCUAGUGAGCAGGAAGAAGUUUCCCAACAACUGCUUGAGAAUUUCAACUGUGUCCCUACUUUUCUACCCCAAGACCUACAGAAGAAGUUUUAUCUUGGGUUCUGUAAACAGCAAUUAUGGCCUCUUUUUCACUACAUGUUGCCUAUGUGCCCAGACCAUGGCGAUCGCUUUGAACGUGUUGUUUGGCAGGCCUAUGUUUCAGCAAAUAAAAUGUUUGCAGACAAGGUCAUGGAAAUAAUCAGUCCCGAGGAAGAUUAUGUUUGGGUUCAUGACUAUCACUUGAUGCUUCUUCCAACCUUUCUGAGGAAAGCUUACAAUAGAGUCAAGCUUGGAUUCUUCCUCCACAGUCCAUUUCCUUCAUCGGAAAUAUACCGAACACUUCCAGUUCGAGAUGAAAUUCUGAGGGGGCUUCUGAAUUGUGACCUAAUUGGUUUUCAUACAUUUGAUUAUGCGCGGCACUUUCUCUCCUGCUGCAGCAGAAUGCUUGGCUUGGAUUAUGAAUCUAAGAGGGGACACAUUGGACUUGAUUACUUUGGCCGUACAGUGUACAUCAAAAUAUUGCCUGUAGGUAUACACAUGGGUCGGCUUGAAUCAGUAAUGAACCUUCCUUCUACUUCUGUUAAAGUCAAAGAAAUUCAAGAACAGUUGGGUGGGAGGAAAGUGAUUCUUGGUAUUGAUGACAUGGACAUAUUCAAAGGAAUCAGUCUGAAAUUAUUGGCAAUGGAACAACUCUUGCAACAACAUCCAGAGUUGCGGGGGAAAGUGGUCCUAGUUCAGAUUGUGAAUCCUGCAAGGGGAUCAGGGAAAGAUGUCCAAGAAGCAAAGAGGGAGACAUACUUAACUGCCAAAAGGAUCAAUGAAGUUUAUGGUUCACCCAAAUAUGAACCAGUCAUUCUGAUUGAUCGUCCUGUUCCUCGGUAUGAGAAGACUGCAUAUUAUGCUUUAGCAGAAUGUUGCAUAGUAAGUGCAGUGAGGGAUGGGAUGAAUUUAGUGCCCUAUAAAUAUAUCGUUUGCAGGCAGGGCACCCUGUAUAUGGACAAAGCCAUGGGCACAGCAUCAGAUUCUCCUCGCAAAAGCAUGAUUGUUGUUUCAGAGUUCAUUGGUUGCUCACCUUCUCUAAGUGGAGCAAUUAGGGUGAACCCAUGGGAUAUUGAUGCCGUGGCUGAUGCCUUGAAUUUGGCCAUCACCAUGCCAGAAUCUGAGAAGCAGUUGCGCCAUGAGAAGCAUUAUCGUUAUGUCAGUACUCACGAUGUAGCUUAUUGGGCACGCAGCUUUAUGCAGGAUUUGGAGAGAGCUUGCCAAGAUCAUUAUAAUAAAAGGUGUUGGGGAAUUGGAUUUGGCCUGGGAUUCAGAGUUGUGUCUCUUUCUCCUAGUUUCAGGAGGUUGGGUGUCGAGCACAUUGUCUCAGCUUAUAAACGGACAAAUAGAAGAGCAAUAUUUCUGGACUAUGAUGGUACUGUUGUUCCACAUACAUCUAUUGUUAAAAGCCCCAGCCCUGAAGUCAUGUCUGUUCUGACAACUCUAUGCAAUGAUCCAAAUAACACUGUAUUUAUAGUCAGCGGGAGAGCAAGAAAUUCAUUGAGCGAGUGGCUUGAUCCAUGUGAGAGAUUAGGAAUAGCAGCUGAACAUGGAUACUUCAUGAGGUGGGAUAAAACCUGUGAGUGGGAAACCAAGUCUGUUGCUGAUGAUCUUGAUUGGAAAAAUAUUGUGGAACCUAUAAUGGGACUAUAUACAGAGACAACUGAUGGCUCCAAUAUAGAGUUGAAGGAGAGUGCAUUGGUGUGGCACCAUCAAGAUGCAGACCCAGACUUUGGAUCCUGCCAAGCUAAAGAAUUGUUGGAUCAUCUUGAAAAUGUCCUUGCAAAUGAACCAGCUGUGGUUAAGCGGGGCCAACAUAUUGUUGAAGUUAAGCCACAGGGAAUAAGUAAAGGAUUUGUUGCUGAAAAGGUUCUUUUAAAUAUGGUUAAUCGUGGGAAGCCACCCGAUUUUGUAUUGUGCAUUGGUGAUGAUAAAUCAGACGAGGACAUGUUUGAGAGUAUACUAAGCACAGUUUCAGGACCAACUUUGACUGUGGCACCAGAGAUCUUCGCCUGCACUGUUGGGCGGAAGCCAAGCAAGGCUAAGUAUUAUCUAGAUGAUACUGUUGAUGUUGUGAAAUUGCUUCAAGGCCUUUCAGCUGCUUCGUGCCCAAAGCCCAAGUGUAUUGAAAACAUACUGGUUUCUUUUGAGAGUGCUAUUUGAGUAAGCUGGCACAUUUCAUGCGCUGGAAAAAUCAUUUUGAUUUUGAGGGUCUUCCACCUGUGAAUAAAGAUGAAUUCUGGCUGUUGAUUGAUUUGAGAUGAUGCACAGUGGAGCCUUGCCGGUGCAGUUCUGGUAUUAGGCAUCUCUUUACGUUGAUGAUUGGGGUAGAUGAAGAUGGAUCUCUGGGAGACAGGGGAUUGACUAUUUUUAUUGAGUUAUUCUUGUAUAGGUUGAGUUAUUCUUGUAUAGGUUGAGAUAAGUUCUUGCAUUUACUGCCUUAGUGGUGCCGGUAGGAGUUGUCCUCAGUAGCUGCCUUUCAAAUUUUCACGGUAACUCUCCCCCCUCUCCCAUUUCCCUUUUCCUCGUUUCAGAUUAUGAGCCACCAUUACGAUGUAUAGGUACACUGUUGUUAUCACAAUACGCAUGUCAAUUUGAUACUAAAAUUCCUAUGGGUUUAUUAGUAGCAAGUAGAGACAGGAGAUUAAUUUCCGAUGACAUUGAAGCAUUGGAGGUUGGUGGCAACGGCAUGUUGUAAAUAGUUAUGCAUACAACCAUCUUUGAAUAUUUCGAUUUUCAAUAGAAAAUGUUGCUUUCUUAAA